AUGGUACCAUGGUUGUUCUUCCUCCUCCCGAUUCCCACACUUGCUGGCGUUGAGAAGACGUACGGAGUCUCUCCAUCGCUGCUUUCGCGCUACGUUCCUACUGGGUCGGGUUCCUCAGCUACGUGGACUUGUCUGGAUGGCUCCAACACCAUUAACUGGUCAUCAGUCAACGACGACUAUUGCGACUGUCUAGAUGGAAGCGACGAACCGGGCACUGGUGCUUGCCCAAACACUGUCUUCUAUUGCCGGAACGAGGGUCACGUCGGAGCCCACAUACCAAGCACGAGAGUAGGAGAUGGUCUUUGUGAGCCGGAGUGCUGUGACGGUUCUGAUGAGAGACCAGGCGUGUGCAGUAACAAGUGUAAGGAAGUCGGAGAGGCAUACAGACAGAUUCAGGAUGCGGAGUGGAAGAUUCGCAAGAAGGGCUCGAAAAUACGCUCUUCGUACAUCAGUUAUGCUCAGAAGGAGAAGAAGCGGUUGGAAGGCAGAAUUUCCACUGCAGAACAGGAGAUCCUUCUGAGAGAAAAGGAAGUCGCGAGACUAAAAGAUAUUGCCGACCGAGCUGAAUCUCUUUCUGCGGCUGCCCUCGAGCACCGGAGAAACUCUCCGUUGUACGCCGCUCUCAUCGAGCAUUCGCGCGCCCUGAAAUCUCUGCGGAGGGAGCACAAGAAGCACCUGGAACGUGAGGCGAUAUUGGGUGACAUCUUGGACGCGCUAAGGACAGGGUAUAACCCCAAUUACCAGGACAUGGCUGUCCUAGAAGCCGUCCGUGGCUGGGAAUAUCAAGCAGGACUCCCGCACAUCAAUGAUAUAGCAAAGGAAGAUGAAUCCUCGCAAACGGAUACUUCGAACAUCGCCAGCGAGCCCGAAGAGGUGCUUGAAGAAGGCAUGUGGUCCGCGGACCGACUCGAUCGCGAGCUCGACAGUCUGCUGGACAGCGAUUACGAGUCGUUACUCCUGGAGCACGACAAGCACAUAGGCGCGCCAGCAGAGGGCGGUGAAUCUGUCUUGUUCAAUUUGACAGCUUAUAUCCCUGAUGCGUUCCUCCCACGAUACGAGGCUCUCCGAAACUCGAUUAUCUCGUGGCUAGAAACGUUAGGCGUGGUUCGAGGGUCCGUACCAAUCGAGGAAGCUGAAACUUCCCGGGCACGCCAGGCCUUCCAGGAUGCCGAGCGCAGCCUCACAGCUGCUGUGCAGGACAAGCAACAGACAGUUGAGGAGCUUGGUCGUCUAUUUGAUCCCGAAUGGUUUGGCCCCGAGGGCGAAUGGAAGAAGCUACAAGGAACGUGUUUGGAGAAGGAUACGGGAGACUACACCUAUGAGGUUUGCCUGUUCGAAGAAGCGAAGCAGAAGCCGAACAAGGGUGGUGCGAGUCAUACUCUUGGGCGGUUCUCGUCGUGGAACAACGUUGCCGGAGUUGUGUCUGGCUCUCUGGAAUAUUACAGCAAGCAGCAUUAUACCCGAGGAACCAAAUGUUGGAAUGGUCCGCACCGCAGCGUUACACUCGUCAUGUCUUGUGGCACUGAGAAUGCCGUUUUGACAGUAACAGAGCCGGAGAAGUGUGAGUAUCAGUUCACGGUGACAUCUCCGGCACUGUGUUUGCCUGUAGAAGUAUUAGAGGAGACUAGAGAAGAGUUGUAG